AUGGGCCAGCAUGCUGGUCUACGUUAUACAACGAAAAACAAUUGACUUGUGUGGUUGUGCGUUUUGCCAUCUCCUCGUUUGUGCAAGUGCAAGUGGAUAACCUGCAUUGCAAUUGGCCGGCGCUUGUUUAAGCGCUUAGGUGUGAAAAGCCUUCUUCCGAACAGCCCUGCCAUGGCUAAGAAUAAAAUUGUCUUUCUACCAGUAUUCACGGUGAUUCUUGUCCUUAUCUGUCCGCAAAAUGCCAUCCACGGAAAACAGAAUUUCUUUCGGCGUUGGAUGUCUCGUUCAUCUUUGAACAAAUGGUCCUUCGCCAAAUCACGCCAGGACGUGUUCGGCGUGGGAGUUGGCCUCGUCGGUCCUGAUGUCUACGAUCCUGGUUUAAGCGCAGCUCGCUGGACAACGUCUGACGUGGUGCCCGCACAGCAUGCCGUCCUCAUCGAUAGCUCGAGGAACCUUAUUCGUAAUGACGGACUGGUGGCUCAAACUGAUGGGAACGGUGGGGCGAUUGCAGGGCCCAUAGUGGCGGGUGUUGCAGGCGCGGCGGCGGGAGCGGCCGGUGCGGCGGCCGUAGCAAGCGUUGCUGCUCUUGCUGCCAAAUCAUCUUUGCUCUGGUGGAUUGCUAGUGGUAUGACAGGUCAAAAACCGAAACCACCUAAACCGCCCAAAGAUCCCAAACCUCCACACCGUCCAAAACCACCGAAAGACCCGAAACCGCCAAAAGACCCGAAACCGCCAAAAGACCCAAAACCGCCCAAAGACCCAAAACCGCCCAAAGACCCAAAACCGCCCAAAGAUCCAAAACCGCCUAAAGAUCCCAAACCGCCAAAAGAUCCCAAACCACCCAAAGAUCCCAAACCGCCAAAAGAUCCUAAACCGCCCAAAGAUCCAAAACCGCCGCAUCAUUGGAAGCCGAUCAAGGGUCCGAAACCACCGAAACAUCCGAAACCGACAUGGGAUGAUAAACCGCCGCAUCAUUGGAAGCCGAUCAAGGAUCCGAAACCCCCAAAACAUCCGAAGCCACCGAAAGAUCACAAACCACCAAAACACCCAAAACCGUGGCAUCACCUCAAACCGAUAAAGGAUCCGAAGAAAGGAGAACUGGGAGAUUAUGAAUACGUGACAGAGGACUAUGAUAACGUGGAAUGGACAACGAUGGAAAAUGCAAUACUUGAAACCACUACCGAAACAACGUUUACCCAUCUAACAUUCUGCCAGGACGGGGAUGAUUUGAUUGAUUCACCGAUGGAAGUGGUUACGGACGUAGCCAGCGGAUCAUUUACCAUAAAAGGGAAAGACGAGAAAAACUGUUCGUUAAGUAUCACAGAGCCUACCGGUGAAAACAUCAGCUUGUCGUGCGACAUAAUCACGCUUGGAAAUGAUGAAUCAUCUAUAAAGAUUACAGACGGAAUCGCCGUUGUGGCUGACGCGAAUGUUCCAAAUUCCGGGGUCUUCAGCUACACAUCGAUGACAAACGAGUUGAUUUUGAAUAUUAGAAAACGUGGAACACCGGACUAUUCGUGUUGGUGGACUCCAGUUUAUGCUAAUUAAUAAUACCCUCCACCCAUGCGUCUCAUUUUUAUGACCCAAAUCCCUUAUCACCUCGUUAACAAACACGGCCUUUAUUUAUUAUAAUAUUUAUGCUACCUUUGCAUUAUAUCCCACUGAGAUGUAUUAAAUGUCAAAUAGUUUAAACCGAUAAAAAUUUAAUACUUUGUUGUCAAACGUAUAUAUCGUAAAAAUCAAUUAAAUAUUUUCUAUUUCAACCGUGGCAACAUAAGACGCCUCGCAUACGUUA